AUGAAAAGAACACCAGUGCUGCUCUUCUCUUGCAGCAGAAGUGCUCGCCUCAAUCUGGUCGACAUCCGCAAUGGCACUUUUUAUAAAGAGCAUCCUGCUCAUACACCCCCCUCCGUAAACCCACCUCUUUUCCCCAACUUGUCAAUCAAUGUCCCAGCCGUCGUUCCCCAGGACAAAGGGAAGACUCCAGUGAAGAAUGAAACCCACUGGGCGGUCAUUGGAACUUCCGCAUGCACGACUUUCCUGGAGAUCUUGAGAGGCUCACACCUGUGCUUUCCCCCCGAAGCAAGAACCUAUCCCUACCUGGCCUCGGGCUACAUCGACGACACCAAAGACCACCAGCUUCGUAUUCCUUCGCGGGCUAUACAAUAUGUCGGGUUCAAUGAUGGACAGGGACAGGCGCAAAAGGGGGGGAUAACAGGGGCCUAUCUAAGUGCGCGUUAUGAAAGUCGGCGAGAAGAGACGGAUUGGUCGUUGUUGCAAUAUCUAAAAGGCGAGACCGAGUUAAAUCCCAGUCAACCAGCGAAAGAGAAGCGCGUCGAUGAGAAAACGCUUAAGAAGGCAAUAAAGGAUUUGCGGUUGCAGAAUCUGCUCGACAUGCCAGUGAGCAAUCUGAGCAAUGGCCAAACGAGACGAGCGAAAAUCGCAAAAGCGUUGCUCAAGAAACCCAAGCUGUUGCUCCUCGAUGAACCGUUCAUGGGACUUGAUCCUCCAACCUUGGUCGGUCUUUCCAAGAUGCUCUUGGAGCUGAGUCGGCGAGCGGAUCCAAUCAUUCUCCUGGGGUUGCGGCCCCAAGAUCCCAUCCCAGCAUGGGUCUCUCGGCUUGCGGUAUUGGGACAGGACCAUACUGUCUCCCUGAUAGGGUUGAAAAAGAACGUCUUACACAGUCUACGGCGCUGGCAAGAUCUGGUUUCGACCCUGUCCUCUGGAAGAUCCUCCGAGGAGGCGAGCAACGAUGAGGAUGCAAGGAGAAUUGUCAAGGAGUUUGGUCAUCCGCCAUCUGGCAUAGGCAUGAAACUCACUGCAGAGGGCAUUACGCCAUUUAAGGAGUUCUCGUCGGAAAUCUCACCCACGGCCGAACUGUCGUGGCGCAAAGCUAUGAGCAGACGACCAGGAAAAGGGGAACAGGACGAUCGGCUCGUCGAUCUACUCCUACGAAUGUCGGAAAAGAGUAUUCCACAGGCUACGACGACUGUCUCGCCUCCAGCUUCUGUCGACCCUUCUCACACUUCUUCGUCUCAUUCUCCUUCCUCUGCAUCGAGGGAGCUUGGUUCUCCCCUCAUCGACCUCCAAGCUGUGACUGUCAAGUACGGAUCCAAGGUCGUUUUGGGUCAUGGGGGUGGCCUCACAUACACCAUCAAACAAGGAACACGUCUUGCGCUGCUUGGUCCCAACGGAUCAGGAAAGACGACUCUACUCUCCUUGCUGACCUCAGACCAUCCCCAAUCAUACAGUCUCCCCAUCCAAUUCUUUGGACGUUCACGCCUCCCAUCUCCCGGUGUGCCUGGACUCUCGCUAUGGGAGAUUCAAGCACGGAUUGGGCAUUCAGCCCCUGAAGUGCACGCCUUCUUCCCGAAAUAUUUGUCCGUCAGACGGGUUCUUGAAUCCGCCUGGGCGGACACAUACGCAGGCAAGCCGACACUUACCCCGGAAAGAGAAAGCAAAGUCAAUGCUUUCCUCACAUUCUGGCAGCCGGAACUACGUCAGGACCGGCCCGCGGCCGACGCCGACAACAGCUUAAACUGGGCAAACGAUAAACAUACUCACGCAUUCGGCACGCUCCCAUUCAGCGCACAACGACUCCUCCUGUUGCUCCGUGCAAUCAUCAAGGAACCCGACAUUGUGGUUCUGGAUGAGGCGUUUUCUGGUCUGUCCGCCGAAACGAGAGACAAGACCAUGGAGUUUCUCGAGCAUGGCUUGAAGACUCCGGAGUUCAAGGGCCUGAAACCCACUCAAGCUCUCGUUGUAGUCUCACAUGUCAAGGAAGAGAUACCUCCGGUAGUGGAUGAGUGGCUCCGUCUUCCUGGGGAGGAUGAGGUCGUGGAAUCUGGACGUGGCGUGGAGGGAGGUCGCACGGAGAGAGGAUAUAUCAGGACAAACGAAGGCUGGAUGAAGGUUUGGGGCCUCGGCAGAUAA